AUGUUGAAACGAAAAUUCUCCGAUCGCAAGUACACGGCGACGGAACCUACCGACAGCUUGCAAACGAUCCGACUAAAGCAGAAGUUCGACCAGGGAGUCCUUCUUCUAUCUCGUGCGCUGAAGACGGCGCGGGGAUUCGAGAGACAGAAGUUAGGGCGACGUGAGAAGACGGCAAAAAGUCAGGGACAGGAUGAGACGUUGAAGAGGUUGGAGGAGGAGGUGCAGGUGUUGAAGACCUUAGAUCCCCCAGUCGCCGCUGCAAAAUACCUCCUGAAACAAAUGUUGAAAACGAAACGGAUCGCUGAAUCGCCUACAUUCAUCCAAUUUAAACAAUCCAAAAGCAAGAUCUCCACGGAGGGUCCAAAGUCCCCGGCAGAAGCCAAUGUUCUGGCACGACUGUAUAAAUCCACCCCGGUGAAGAACGUUUAUCCGGAUAUCAUGACGGGGAUUCGCAAACUGCUAGGUCUGGAUGAUGCUUCGCGGGGGAAAAAUGCCGUGACGGGGAAAGUCACUUCAGAAUCAAGCGGGGGUCGUAAUGAAGAAGAUUACAAGCGGGAUGAUGAUGAUUUCUCCGGCUCAGAUUUUGAGGCAGCGCCAUCAGCAGUUUCUAGAUCAAGCACAAAACUACCAAGAUCGGACGAAGAAGAAGAAGUUAUUGGUAUGAGUGAUGCAGAGAGCGAGGACUUUGCGCGAUUCAAUUCACGACUUGCUCCUGACUCUGAGGACGAUUCAGAAGGAGAAGAUCAAGCAAGUGACGUCUCAGAAGGCAUAGACCUCACAACCUCAAAACCAUACCCAGACAUAUCCAUCUCCCGAUCCCCCUCACCCGACUCGCCACCACCGCCCAAAAAACAAAAAUCCAAGAUACCUCCAAUGGAGCCUGUCACCAGCACGACAUUUCUACCGUCUCUCACGAUGGGGGGAUACUUCUCCGGCUCCGAAGCCGAGACCGAAGACGUCGAUAAUGAGCCCCCGAGACGCAAAAAUCGAAUGGGUCAGCAGGCUCGUCGAGCUCUCUGGGAGAAGAAGUUCGGUUCGGGGGCGAAUCACCUGAAAAAUCAGAAACACAGCGAGAGGAAUAACCGGGACAGUGGCUGGGAUUCUCGUCGAGGAGCUAUAGGCGAUGGAGACGGUUCAAGAGGUAGACGAGGGCGAGGUCGGGGUCGAGGGGGAGGUUCAAUGGGAGGGAAAAUCCAACGACAGGAAGUAGAUCGUCCAGCACCCCGCGGAAGCGCUGCGAAGAAGCCACAGAAGGAUAAUAGACCGCUACAUCCGUCGUGGGAGGCCGCGAGACGAGCCAAGGAGCAGAAGACCGCUUCGUUCCAAGGGAAAAAGUUCGUGUUUGAUUAG